AUGCUGCGGCGGCGGCGGGCGCUGCCGGGCUGGGGGCUCGCGCUCGCGCUGCUGCUGGCGCUGGCGGGGCCGGGAUGGGCGGCGGGGCCCGCGGAGCGGAGCCGGGCCUACGCCGUGCUGCGGAGACAGAACCUGGUGCUCAUGGGGAGCAUCUUCAGUAUCCUGUUGAUCACCAUGAUCCUGAUGGCUGUAUGCGUCUACAAGCCCAUUCGACGACGGUAGCAGAGCGGGAAGAAUCGGAACGGAUUGGUCACCUUGCUUGUGGAAAUUUUGCGAUCAAAUCCCUGGUGCUUGGAAAUGACCUGUGCUGUGCAGCAACUGUAAAUCCAGCCUGAUUUGUAGUCUGAGUUCUGGCUUGUAAACCACUAUGGUUGCUUAGUAAAGAGACUGUGAGAAGUAUUUUUUUUUCUCUAACAUGUAACGUAACCAGUUGUUUCCCUUGCAGAAGCAUGCCUACAACUGCUUGGCUGCUCUCAAAGACACCAUAGCUAGAAUCUGAAAAUCUCCUCCCAGAUUUCUAGCAAUUAGUAGCUCAACUGAGGUCUGUCUCUUCAAACAUGGAUGCCUAAAGUUAAGACACUUAAAUAAAUGUGGCCUAAGUCUGGCAAAUUUUAUGUCAGUGACUAAUUCUAAGCACUCAUGUUUGAAAAUGUUAGCUGUGAACUUCAUUUAGUAUUUGGCCUAACUCUCAUAGGAAAGGCUAGGAAUAUGUGAAGUAUUUUACUUUGGUAUUGCCCACAGGAAGGCACUACCACUUAGACUUGCUGUAUUUCUGAAUUCUGUUCUCAGUUCCUGGGUGGGAAUAUGACAUGAGUAACCCUCAUGAUACUCCUUAAACACAGCCUCUAAGUGAUCCUAACAUGAAAACAAUGUACUUUAGAUAAUGUAGUUCACGUGCCAUUUUUGGCAGCAAGGCUGAUUACAAUUUCAGUUGUUUCGAAUGUCGAAGUUCUCAAUCUAGUCUGUCAAAUACCCAGUGGACUAUAGUGUGGUGGUAUCAGAAACGGAGUUAAAUGGAAAGCUUAUAACUUUUGAUUUGUUUUAAAAAUCAUAAUUUUGCAAGCAGGCAAGUGCAUUGGAUUCUGAUGUAUUGAUUGGUUUUGCAGUCUUAAGGAAUGCAACUCUCCUCUCAAGCAUGAAGUCUAUCAGGUUUCUAGAGCUAGUCUUAUAAAAGUCAGUCAAAAGAGGAGGGCUCUAGUCAUGAACUUGGCUUUGUAGGGCUGGCCUACGCACACAUUUGAACUGAAAUAAAAGUGUGAAUUAAAACUGAUUUCAUUAUUUUGGGGGCAUGUUAGUUUGUUACUGACUUCAGCUGCUUUUAUUCUGAAAUAAGUGUCUAUACUCAGACUUACCAAAAUAGCCAUGUUGGUUUUUGGAAUCUGGUCCAAGUUUUUUUUGUAGACCAGACCUCAGGGCUGAACAAAUGUUCAUGUCCUUAACUGUGUAAUAGGUUUGGGCUCAGUAGAUAAAAUGACUAACAGUGUAAACUUCAGCCCCUUAGAUAUUUCCAAAAAAGUCAGUCAGGGUUGAGAGCCUGCUUUAAUAAGAUUGAGGGACUGUCACUUUCAAAACCUUGUGGAAGUGUUGUGUGUUUAAGUUAUGUGCAUUGUACGUGAUAAGUGUUUACACUGGCAAAUCCCACUUGCAUUUAAUGCUGCUAUUUUAUUUUGCACUGGUAUAAGUGUUAGUU